AUGGCGGACCAGGAGGAGGAAGGCAAAGCCAAGAAGGAGGUGCGCGUGUUCGGGCGUCCUGAGCUGGCCUCCAAGGUGGCCAUGUUCCAGCGCAAGGCCGAAGACCACGAGCGUAAGCAGAAGGACAAUCCUUUUUCGGGACGCUGGGACGGAUCCGCCUCCAGCGCACUGUCCAAGGACGACCCACGGUACGGCCACCCCGAAGAAGGUUCGAAGACGGAGAAGCGUGGUAAGCAAGCCGGCCAGCUGAUAAGCAGUGAGGUUCGCGUACUGUGCGAGAACCUGCACGAGUUCGGCACCGAACAGCCGGACGGCACACGGGCUAUCACGUUCGGCGAGCUCUUCCAGCUGUACACGAGCAUCUCGAACAAGGUGGUGGGCAUCCUGCUGCGUGCGCGCAAGCACGGGCUCGUCGACUUCGAGGGCGAGAUGCUGUACCAGCGGCGAGACGACGGCGUCGUAAUCCGGCUGCUGCGGCCCAUCGCCGAGAUACACGCGGAGAUGGGCUACGACCCGGCUCUGGCGCAGCUGCCCAAGACCACACCCGUGCUGCUGGGAGGCAAGACAGCCGCAUCGUAGCCGCAAGACACUGUUCUACGUGGCCACAGCCUCUGAUAGUGCUCACUCGAGCCCCGGCAGACACGGCCGUGGUUAAGAUCGGCGUGAUCAGCCGUAGCUCUAUGUGUGUGUACGCGUUCCGUUUGGAAAGACGUAACGAAGCUUGUAACAACGAUUUCGGUUUCUGUCCGUAAACGAAUUAAAGAAGAGCUUUCAAAGCUUCCA